UCCGGUCACGCCCACUGUGCCAGCGGCUUCCGCUGCAGUGUACAGACAAGGCUACACACAAUUCCUGCCCAUCUUUCUGGGCUUGCCAAAAACAUUCAGAGAGAAGCUACUGUGGAGGUUAAUAAUUUGCCUUGGUGGACAAAGCCAAAGAAGCUAAGCUCUGAAGUCAGAACCAUCUCCCUGCUGUUCCUUAUUUGAGGAGCUGUAUUUGCCUGGUGGUCGUCCUCUGUUCUCAAGCCAUCUCCAAUAAAUCUGCACGUGGCAAAUUUUGGGAAACCCGUCUCGACAUCUUGCAUUUUCCUUUGGCACCUGGUGACAUUCCGGAGGACACAUCUUCUACUGCUGUCCCUACAGAUGCACUGUUGGGUCGCUACCAAAAGGAAUAUGUGCUAGAAACUAAAAUCUACUCUAAAAAAAACUGCUCAACUUUGAGUGUAGAAGAUGAGCAAUGAAGACGAGUUUUACGACGCCGUCACAGGCCUGGAUUCAGACGAGUCGUGUGAAGGGUUGUCUGAGGCCAGUUUCAAAGACGCCAGAGGGUUCGACGGCAGCAUUCAGAAAAACAAUGGAUCAGUACCACAAGAGAACGGCAUCAGGAAACACAGGACAUCUUUACCAGCACCCAUGUUUUCCAGAAACACGGUCAGCAUCUGGAGUAUCCUCAAGAAAUGUAUUGGACUGGAGCUGUCGAAGAUCACGAUGCCCAUUGUCUUCAACGAGCCUCUGAGCUUCCUGCAGAGGAUCUCAGAGUACAUGGAGCACACUUACCUCAUCAACAAAGCCUGCUCGCUGUCCGACUCCAUAGAGCGCAUGCAGUCAGUAGCUGCUUUUGCUGUAUCAGCAGUUGCGUCUCAGUGGGACAGAACUGGAAAACCGUUCAACCCGCUGCUGGGAGAGACCUUUGAACUCAUCAGAGAGGAUCAGGGUUUCCGGCUGGUGUCGGAGCAGGUUUCCCAUCAUCCUCCGGUCAGUGCCUUCCACGCAGAGAGCCUCUCCGGGGACUUCGUCUUCCACGGCUCCAUCUAUCCCAAACUCAAGUUCUGGGGCAAGAGUGUCGAGGCAGAGCCGAGAGGAACAAUCACACUAGAACUUCUAAAGCACCACGAAGUGUACACAUGGAGUAAUCCUUACUGCUGCGUGCAUAACAUCAUCCUGGGCAAGCUGUGGAUAGAGCAGUACGGUACAGUGGAAAUAGUCAAUCACAGCACCGGGGAGAAGUGUGUGCUGAAUUUUAAGCCAUGUGGAAUGUUUGGCAAGGAGCUGCACAAAGUAGAGGGAUACAUCCAAGACAAGAAUAAAAAGAAGCUUUGCGUAAUCUACGGGAAGUGGACCGAGUGCAUGUGGAGCAUCGACCCUCAGGAGUACGAGAUCUACAAGAAGUCGGACAAGAAAGGCGACAAGAGCAAAAAGAAUGAGGAGCUUCAAAAAGCUGAGAAUGACGAAGCAGACGACAUGCCUGAAAUCCAGGAAACGGUGUCUGUUGUACCAGGAAGCACUCUGUUGUGGAGGAUAGAGUCCAGACCAGCACACUCUGCUAAGAUGUACAACUUCACAAACUUUGCGAUGGCUCUCAACGAGCUGGAGCCUGGCAUGGGAGCCAUUUUGGCCCCCACCGACUGUCGCUUCAGGCCCGACAUCAGAGCCAUGGAGAAUGGAAACAUAGAUGAGGCGAGCAAAGAGAAGGAGAGACUGGAAGAAAAACAGAGAGCUGCCAGGAAGGAGAGAGCCAAGCACGAGGAGGAGUGGACGACUAGGUGGUUCCAGAUGGGCACCAACCCAUACACCGGCUCCCGGGAAUGGAUCUACAGUGGCGGCUACUUCAAUAGGAACUACCAGAACCUGCCGGAUAUAUACUGAUACCCCUCUUCAUCUUUCUCCUCCUCCUCUUCCUCUUGCUCCUCAUCAUCAUCUUUAACCUGCGUUUUCAUUUUUGGCUCAUCAUGAUGCAAAGAGAAUUGCUUAAAAAUGCAUCCUUAAAGGUUGAUGCUUUUUGGAAAGAAGCCAAACGCCUGCCGCUACGUUCAGCAUCUGGAAGAGAACCUGUGGCCAUCAAACGUCUCUUCUCUACCUUGACGCUGUAAAGAAUACAACAAUCACUUAUUUCCCGGGCAAUCUCGGCAGCAGAGAGCUGGAAACGUACCGAGUCACACGUCCGCUCUGAAUGUUUAACAUCUCUGCAAUCGAACUCUUUCCCUUUAGCUGCCGCACAUCCAGGCAGCUGCGCGUUGACUUAUAAAACACGCAGAUAAACGUACACAAGUGGAAACAAUAACUUGGACGUCGCAAACCUCACGAUGGAUUUGUGGAUUUAAACGGAGUCCCAGUCAACAAGGAAAUCAGGGAUGUGAAUGUUCCUUUGACUGAAGACGGAUUUUCGCUCUGAAAGACUCGAAACACUCACAGAUUAACGUAGAGGACGUUCUGCUCUCAAUGGAACAAACGUACGCAUCUACUGUUGGUUCGGUUAGUCACAGCAAGCAACGUCUUCUGCAUCCCACAUCCCUGAAACGCCUCGUGCCC